UUGAGUAGCAGUGAGUGUGCAACGUGAACAAGAUGAUUAUUGACAGAGUUUCCGAGGGUGAUUCGAGACUUCUCGACAAGGAUGCAGAUGUUAUGACAAGUCCAGUCAACCUAUGCUCAUUUUAUGGGUGCUCCUCUCCUGUAACGGAACCGAACUUUUCUACGGGAUUCCAGUCUCCCUGGUCGCCGAAUUCCGACUCUGAAAAAAGUCGAAGCAAUGCGGGAAGCCCUUUCCCUAUCGACGCGUUAAACAGAGUGAACGCUGAAGCUCCCCAAGAGGAUUUACGUCAGCCGAAUCGGUACCAGGGAGUGCGCGUGAAAAACACAGUCAAAGAGCUCAUUAUGCAGAAACGGAACAACGAAAUACAGACACAUCAACAAAAAAAUGAAAUUGAUUUCCCAGCCUUAACUACCUUGCUUCAGGGUGCAAAAAGGCCAGCUGAGUGUCUCUCCUCUCAUUCUGUCACUAAGAGGCCUGCAACAGAACAAAAUAAUGUCCUGUCUCUGUACAACCCAUGCGAGGACAUCUUUAAAGAGCACAGCAUAUAUGAUGGACUUGGUGACAUGUUCACCAGUGGAGAGUUGUCCAUCGAGUCUGUGAAGGUACAGGGCAGUCAAAUGCCAGUGUUCCCUCAACCACAGGAGGCCCAGGACCAACUGCCCACACUUUAUACUACCACACCCUGCCCUCUUUACCCUGGCAGCCAGUUACCAACAGUUACAGAGAGCCCAUACACAUCUUCUUUGCAAGGCCUGAGCUUCCAACAAGGCUUUGGACCCUGCAGGCCUGUGGCUCCACCAGUUUCCUUCUUCCAAUGGCAAAUCCAACAAGAAGAGGAGAAACUGGCCAACCUGACCCCUGCAGACCUCACUUCCAGGGAUGAUGACGGAGACACGUUCCUUCACAUUGCAGUGGCCCAGGGAAGAAGAGCUCUGGCUUAUGUGCUUGCCAAGAAAAUGGCCAGCAUUGGCAUGCUUGACAUGAAGGAGAAUAACAAUCAGAGUGCGUUCCAAGUCAGUGUGGCAGCCAAUCAGCACCUGAUUGCCCAAGACCUCCUUUCGCUGGGAGCCCAGGUGAACACCACAGACUGCUGGGGCCGCUCCCCACUCCAUGUGUGUGCAGAAAAGGGCCACACCCUCACGCUACAGGCUAUUCAAAGAUCCAUAGAGAACAGCAGUCAAAAGGUCAAUGUGGAAGCAGUUGAUUACGAGGGUCUUACCCCUCUGCACAUUGCCAUCCUCUCCCACAAUGCAGUGGUGCAGGACCUGAACCAUGUGUUGUCGGCACCACAGUCUCCCCAGGCUGCAGCUCAAAUGCAGAGGCGCAAGUUACUGGGAGAGUGCAUCAGCACCCUGCUGCUCAUGGGCGCGUGCUGUGGCUCCAAGGACCGCAAAAGUGGACGGAAUGCCCUACACAUGGCUGCCGAGGAAGCCAACGUGGAACUUCUGCGUCUCUUCCUGGACGAGCCAAACUCUCUCUCCGUGAUCAAUGCCAAGGCAUACAAUGGAAACACGGCACUCCACGUGGCGGCUGCGCUGCAGGGUCGGCAGGCCCAGUCGCACGCUGUGCAGCUGCUGAUGAGGAAGGGGGCCGACCCCAGUGCCAGGAACCUGGAGAAUGAGCAGCCUGUCCAGCUUGUGCCUGAAGGCCCCAUUGGGGAUCAGGUUCGUCGAAUCCUGAAAGGCCGCAGUGCUAGUGCGCGCUUCUGCCUGCCAUAGAAGGAGCUGACCCACUGAGCCUAUUAGUCAGAAACACUGUCAGUCAGGCAGUCCAAUCUCUGUACAGUCUCAUUUGCCGGUAUGAGGCAGAUGUUUGUUGUUUCUAUGAAACAAGAUUACCAUUGUUCACUACUGUGUAGUAGAAGACAAAGGAAGGUUGAGCCCAGAGCUAAAUUAGCACUUAUGCAGGUACACAAAAAUAAAAUUUAAAUGGUAGGCACUUUGAAUCAAGACACUGAAAAACAUUAAAAGCAUCUUUCUUAUAUUUGAGGUACAAUAAUGUUCAUUUUCAAAUUUGUUAUGUGGCAAUGGGCUCCAGUCAGUAAAGGUUUGAUUUGUACUAUAGUUUUAAAUAUAAAGUACUUUGUUUUGUAUUUUAGGCCAGCAGGUAUGUGGGUAUUUGGCUUUUGUCAUUGCUUUGUUUUGCUUUGUUUUUUAAAGAUGAACACAGGGUAUAAAGUGGGUACGAGGAUGUACACCUGGUAUGCAAACCUGGUAUACAAUGGUCAUGGCUUGAUGAUCUACAGGAUAUUUUGGCACAUUGCUAAUUAAGACUGCUAAAUAAAUAUUAAUACUUAAUAAAUACACAAUAUCAAGCAAAGGCACACUUCUUGAAGGCUAUUUGGUGAGUCACUCUUCCAAUUUAGCUAAAUUUAUUUUCCCAUUAGUAAGUUGAAUUUGUCUGUUUUAGGUUUCAGUGAGUGAAUGAGUGUAAUGAGUUUCUAUGAAGCUGGAUUGGAAUGCAUCAUCAGAAAAUACAAAAUCUUUUCUGGGUUAGUCAGAGCAAUAUUGUAUAUAAAUAUAAUUGAUAUAUGCCUAAUAGUCAAAACAUACUGCUUAAAUAUGCUUAGAAUUAUUGCCUUGUCUACGUGAUUUUGUUUUUGUUGAUGUUAUUGUUGGUUGAAAUCAUAUUUUAUGUAUGGUGAAGGGAAUUUAAACUAUGUACAUGUUAUGUAUAUGUUAUAGAAUAUAUCUACAUCUAUUAAUCAGUAUAAAUAACCUAAAACAUUGAUUACACCACAGAUGGUAUUGGGAAGUAUGUCUCAUAGACAGAUCUAAGUAUCAACACUUUUUGUUUCUGGAUUUUUCUUUUGAUAUAUACAACAUAGUGAUUGUCACGGAACUCUUUUACAUUAAUACAUUAAUCAUUAAUCUUUAAUAAAUACUUGUUUAGGUACAUUCUCUGUGUCCUUAGCCAUGGUGCAUAGUUUUAGAUUAUGUUAAAAAUAGUAGAUUAUUAGUGGAUGGUUAACACAUCUUAUAUUCACUUGUUAACAUUAAAUGUAAUAUGGUUUUUGCUGUAUCUAUGUAAACACUGUUUUAAAAGUGUGCAUUAAAUAUUUGCUAUAACAAAUCUUCAGA